AUGCAGAUGCAAGAGAAGAAAUAUGUGGGCCUGGUGGCCGAUUUGAUGCCCAAUAUACGACUAAUGCAAACCUUUGGGCAUUUCUUGUUCAACUACACAUCAGGGCCCCUGUUUUUUAGAAAAGUCUACUCAACCGUCCAUCUUUUCUUAAUCAUUCUGCAAUUUCUUCUGAUCCUGGUCAACGUAGCGCUCAACACGGGCGAAGUGAAUGAAUUGUCAGCAAACACAAUUACCGCGCUGUUCUUCACGCAUUGCGUAACUAAGUUCAUAUAUUUUGCGGUAAAUUCAAAGAACUUUUACAGGACACUGAAUAUCUGGAAUCAAUCAAACACGCAUCCACUUUUCGCUGAGUCGGACGCCCGGUACCAUGGAAUUGCCUUAGCUAAAAUGAGGAAGCUCUUAGUUUUGGUCAUGUUAACCACCAUUCUAUCUGUCAUAGCUUGGACGACAAUAACAUUUUUCGGUGAAAGUACGAAAUUUAUAUUCAACAAAGCAACAAACGAGAGUGAAACCGUCCCAGUUCCGCGUCUGCCAAUCAAAUCCUUCUACCCUUGGAAUGCCAUGAAAGGGAUGCCGUACUACAUUUCGUUUGGAUUCCAAGUCUACUAUUUGCUAUUUUCGCUGUGUCAAGCCAAUCUUACGGAUGUGCUUUUCUGCUCAUGGUUAAUAUUUGCAUGUGAGCAACUUCAACAUCUAAAAGGUAUCAUGAAGCCAUUGAUGGAAUUGUCUGCCUCGUUGGAUACCUACCGACCAAAUACUGCAGCAUUGUUCCGCACAUUGUCUGCUUCGUCCAAAUCAGAACUUAUCACGAAUGAAGAAAAGGAACCAACCGAAAUUGAUAUCAGCGGUAUCUACAGCUCCAAGGCAGAUUGGGGAGUUCAGUACCGAGCACCUACCACGCUCCAGACUUUCGGUACGAACGGGACCAAUGUAAAUAAUCCCAACGGAUUAACAAAGAAACAGGAGAUGAUGGUUCGCAGUGCAAUCAAGUAUUGGGUUGAACGGCAUAAGCACGUUGUAAGAUUGGUUGCAGCCAUCGGCGACACAUACGGAGCGGCUCUUCUGCUUCAUAUGUUAACAUCGACCAUCAAGCUCACACUUUUGGCCUAUCAAGCGACCAAAAUCACAGGUGUCAAUACCUACGCUUUAUCUGUAAUUGGUUACCUCUGCUAUUCGUUGGCGCAAGUCUUUCAUUUCUGCAUAUUCGGAAAUCGACUCAUUGAAGAGAGCUCAUCUGUGAUGGAAGCGGCAUAUUCGUGCCACUGGUAUGACGGUUCGGAAGAAGCAAAAACUUUUGUUCAAAUUGUUUGCCAGCAGUGCCAGAAAGCCAUGAGCAUCUCAGGUGCUAAAUUCUUCACGGUAUCUUUAGAUUUAUUCGCAUCGGUGCUUGGCGCUGUAGUUACCUACUUCAUGGUGUUGGUGCAACUCAAGUAAAAUGACAAGAAAUUUUACAAACAUGAAUUUGCUCAUGUCUGUUACCACCGAAAUUCACUAUUUAGGAACAAAGUAAAAUAUCUUGUUUCCGAAACAAGUCCUUUAAUUUUAUAAUUUCCUUCAUUCUGUCGGGGAUGUGAUUUUAAAAUUUAUUGUUAAAUUGUCUGUAGAUAUUAGAAGUUGUUUGGAAGAGAACUGUUUUCUUCGUAUCUUUAUCUUUCGAACUUUAAGAGUAAAAUUCGAUACUGUUUAAAAGUAUGUAAGAAAUAUAUAUUUUUGUUGUUAGAGAUAAAUUUUUUUGAAAUUAA